AUAACGUCAACCGACGGCAUCGGGUCAUCCUAGUAACAACAAGAAUAUUCAUUGCAAACGCACAGCUCCAUUUUCUAUCUCCCUACCCUCCCGACACGCGGAACGAGAUUGGGCUCGCUAGACAACAUGAACCCUGACAGACGUGCUAUGAUACACGGCCGUAAGUCGCCCCCACGCCGCGAUAUCGCAUCUCCUAGACGAGAUCCCAACAACAGGAUCACGAAACCAUCGAAGCCGACGCAACCGAAACACGCGGGCGCCGGUCCUCAGAACUGGGUCAGCCAAGACGAGCAGUCACGACAGUUCGUAGCCGACGAGGACAAGUUCGUCCUGAAGCAAGCCAAAAAAAAGGCCGACAUUCGCGUCAGAGAGGGGCGAGCCAAGCCUAUCGACCUUCUCGCGUUCAACUUGCGAUACGUGGAUACCGAUCGCGACGUCUUCGACGAUGACGAAGCCGACGUCGACAUUGACGUGCUCCCGCCCAGCACUGUAGUGGAUGGCCUUAAGGAACCCGAACUUGAUGAACUCGAUGCCGAUAUCACGUCGUACCACACGCUAGAAACGAAUAAGAGAAACAGGGACUAUUGGCUGGCCUUAAAGACAAUCUGCGCGGAUAGGAAACAGCGGCUAAAACCCAUGGGAGCCGAGGAGCGCGCCGUGAGCUCUGUCAUAUCCGAUGUCGACAGGAUCCUAGGACCAAAGAGUCUGGAGCAGUUGGAGAAGCUUGAGGGUCAGAUACACGCCAAGUUGGAGUCGGACGAGGUGGUGGACACCGAUUACUGGGAACAGCUGCUGAAGAGUUUGUUGAUUUUCAAGGCAAAGGCGAAGCUAAACCAAAUUUACGAAUCCAUCAGGCAGAGCAGGAUCGAGCUUCUGAGGGAACGAGAUCCCGAGAAAGCCAAGAUCCUUGCCGAGUCCGUUUCACCCGGGAACGCUGCCCUCGCAAAACCUAAAGACACGCCCGCGGCUCCUGCCCCUAAGGCAAAACAUAGCACUUCCAUCACUGCCGCCACCGGCAGCGCCAGUAGCAGCAGUAACGCGCCGCCCCCUGGCACCGCACGAUUCGCCACGACGGGCAAUGAAGACUUCUCCCAGGCCACCAAGGCGCUGUACGAGCGGGAGGUUGCCCGAGGGAUUAGCGAGAACGAGGAGAUAUUCACAGCCGAGGAGACCGUCCCAGCCGCCGUGAAGCCUCAGUGGGCAGACAAAUACCGGCCUCGCAAGCCACGGUAUUUCAACCGAGUACAGAUGGGCUAUGAGUGGAACAAGUAUAACCAGACGCACUACGACCACGACAACCCGCCACCCAAAGUCGUCCAGGGCUACAAAUUCAACAUCUUCUACCCGGACCUCAUCGACAAGACUAAAGCCCCUACCUUCAAGAUCAUCCGCGAGCACGGGAGGCGACGGGGCGAGUCGUUCACGCCCGCAGGCGAGGAAGACACAUGCCUGAUUCGGUUCAUUGCCGGCCCGCCCUACGAGGAUAUCGCGUUCCGCAUCGUGGAUCGGGAGUGGGAUUAUAGCGCUAAGAGAGAUCGCGGCUUUAAGAGUAGCUUUGACAAGGGUAUUCUUCAACUCCACUUCCAGUUUAAGAAGAUUUAUUACCGAAAGUAGAGAGAGAAAACAAAGAUGGCUUAGCCUUGUUGGAUUCACUUGUUUCGCCGAUGGCAAACAAAUGCUGGGAAGUACACAGUAUGGAUUCCAACGCUUCUGGUCACUUGACAAUGUGUUGGGAAGUGGGAAUACUGUAUUGUGCACGGUACUGAGAAUGACAUUGUUAUUGAAGAAGUGGGCGGACAGCGAGGCCUGGGUAUGGGCAAUCUGACAUUCGGAAUGUAUACUGUCCAGUCAUACCGUGCCUCCAUCUCCGUGACACAAGUGUGCGUAGAGCUGCUUAGCCUCCCCAGUCGCGGUGUCUCUUGUUGAGGUACCUACCUAUGGGCUAUGGAGCGAUACAAGACAUUUUCUGGUACUUCCCACACACACAGCACCGGGAGUCCGGUACUGGUCACAGUCACUGAUCCUGCUCUUCUCGGCUUCCUGGAAAUGUGAUGCGUGUGGGGGUAUAUUCUAGGCACUAGGGCGCGCUGGCUUCUCCAUCUUCUUGGGUCACCAAUCGUCUUAAAUGCUGAUUUACCUUACUGUAAUAACCCUCGCCACUGGGCUCACGUAGGAGAAGAAAAACACAUAUUAGCGUAGAUACCGAGAUUGGGCAAGGGUAGGCAUUUGCAUUUCCACGUGACAACUGGCAUUUAUUACUUCUUCUUGCCGGUGGUGAGAAGCUCUCCAGCGCUGGUGGCCUACGCCUAGGGAGACCUG